GGUCCCGCCUCCCUGUUUGCCGGCCGGGGGGCGGGGGGCGGGUGGUGCGAGGUUAAAAGGCUUCGAAUUGGUCCCUCUCCUGGGAUGGUUCCUCCUCUAUCUUUUGGUUUUUUCUCUUCUCCCGAACGGAUUAACCAAACAGUCAAGAUGGUUUCCCUCAAGCUCCAGAAGCGCCUCGCGGCCUCCGUCCUCGAGGUCGGCAAGCGCAAGGUCUGGCUCGACCCGUCUGAGAUCUCCACCAUCUCCGAGGCCAACUCUCGUGCCAAGGUCCGCGGCCUCAUCAAGUCCGGCCUGAUCACCAAGAACAACACCGUCGGUCAGUCUCGUGCCCGCACUCGCGCUCGCCUCGAUGCCAAGCGCCGUGGUCGCCACGCCGGUUUCGGUAAGCGCAAGGGUACCGCCAAGGCCCGCAUGCCCGAGAAGGUCAUCUGGAUGCGCCGCAUGCGUGUCCUCCGUCGCCUCCUCCACAAGUACCGUGAGGCCAAGAAGAUCGACAAGCACAUGCACCACGAUCUGUACAUGAAGGCCAAGGGUAACACCUUCCGUAACAAGCGUGUCCUCAUGGAGUACAUCUUCAAGGUCAAGGCCGAGCAGACCCGCAACCGCCUCAUCGCCGAGCAGGCCGAGGCUCGCCGUGUCAAGAACCGCGCCCUCCGCGAGCGCCGCAACGCCAAGAAGGCCGAGGUUGCCGUUGUCGUCCCCGUUGUGGAUGCCUCCGCCUCCAAAAAGAAGGCUGACCUCCAGAAGUAAGCUCUAAAAAAGCUCCCUUCUCAAAUCCGCCCCCCCUUUUCCCUUCUUGUGUGUGAGUGUGUGCCACAUUCCGCGCGCGUCCAUCCCCACCCCUCCCGUGGACUGCGCGUGUCCAUGUGCACGCGCGCGCAUUCUUGAUCUGUGACCGAGCGAUGCUUGUAUUGUCUGUGUGUGUGUGUAUUUCGCGCUCUCUCCCCCGUUUGUGUGUUUUGUGC